CUACGCAUUCUGCUUGCAUCUAACUUCCCCAGGGACAGCAAAGGAGCUCCAUUCUGAAGCACAGGACUGUACAGUGCCACAGAGACUGGGAAAGGACACUGGGUUCUUAAUUACAAGUCUACUGGGACAGACUUGUUCCAAACACUGAGACUAUCAAUGAAGCUUCAAUCCUCUUUUUACAAAAGUAUGGAUAAGAAAUACUCAUUUUCCUGCCUGCUGUUCCUGCUUCUGAUGGAUGGGUGCAGAUUGGAACAUGUAAAGAAUUCAGAGACGUACUGUGUCUUCCAAGACAGGAAGUAUCGAGUUGGAGAGAGGUGGCACCCUUACCUGGAACCUUACGGACUUGUCUAUUGUGUUAACUGUCUUUGCCGAGGGGGUGCAAAUGUGUUGUGCAGUAGAGUGAGAUGCCCAAGUCUUCAUUGUGCUAAUCCAGUCUAUGUUCCCCAACUGUGCUGCCCACGAUGCCCAGGAGAUGGAAUACUAUCGUGGGAGCACCAUGAACCAAAGACAUUUCGACAACCAGCAAACAGAGAAGCUAGACAUUCUUACCAGCGCUCUUAUGACCAUGGCUCCAGUUCACUGAGACAGACAGGAAGCUCACUCAAGCACCCUAGCACAAGAAGUAACCGUGGGGUCAUGGCUGAACCACAACAAGCCUCAGGAACCAUUGUGCAGAUAGUCAUCAACAACAGCCACAAGCAUGGGAGAGUAUGCAUCUCAAAUGGGAAAACAUACUCCCACGGAGAGUCCUGGCACCCUACCUUGCGGUCCUUUGGAGUGGUGGAAUGUGUGCUGUGCACGUGCAACUUCACAAAGCAGGAGUGCAAGAAACUCAGCUGCCCGGAGCAAUAUGCUUGCAAAUAUCCUCAGAAAAUAGAUGGAAAAUGCUGUAAAGUUUGCCCAGAGGAAACAGAGCCGCAUUCAGGUGACAAAGAUUACUUAUGUGAAGAGACCCUCCCUGUCUUUGAGUCCAUAUUACUAGAGGAAGGGGAAAGAGUCAGGAAAAUUGCGGUGGUGACAGAGGAGCCUCCAGUGGCGGAUAUUCAUGUGUGGAUAAUCCAGAAAGGUGUCCUGCACCAGUUUUACACAGAAAAAAUGUCUAAGGAAGAAUUUGAAGAACAGCAGGAAUUUAAACAGAUAACAAGGACGACAUCAAGCCAGUGGAAAAUCUUCAGUGAAGGAGAAGCUCAGAUCAGCCAUAUGUGUGAAACUCGAAUUUGCCGAACAGAGCUGGAAGACUUGGUGAAGGUUCUGUACCUAGACAAGACUGAAAAGGGUCAUUGUUGAGAGCAAAAAUACUGAACGGGAAGAGAAAACCAGAGGCCGCCUAAAGACAUUGGAUUUGUAGCCGGACUGGGGGCUCAUUCUGCUUAAAUCAACAGUGUCGCCAAACCCAGAAUGCAGGGACUAUUAGGCAUGGUUUGCUGCAGAAAGUAACUGGCAGAGCCAAGUGUGUAGGAGUCUGUAAGCAGCUAAAUGCUUCCUCUUAUGCCUUAGAGGGUUGGCAUCAGCGGUGAGAAAUACACAGGUUUCUUCUUUAUGAGAAAAAAAGUGUUUAUUUGGAAAGCUAAAAUCAGUGGAAUAAGCAUAACUAAAUAGAGAACGGAGGGCUCAUAAUGAAGAAAAUACAGAAUUUCUGCGGAUGUGUACUGUAAAUAUAUCUGGGUGCACAGCUGACCAUUCCGCCAAGUGUGGCAUGUAAUAGCAGCUGACACAUUGUAUCGGCCCAGACAAAGCUCUCUAUGAUUUUGCCACUAAAUUUGAAGCUGUUCGCUUUUUAUAUAAUCUUGGUUGUGUAAAGAUUUCCGUUCUGUUGGUUCACUGAGCUUACUUUGUACAGGUUUUGUGUUGCAGGACAAUCUGACAUUAAUAUAAAUGAAGAAGUGGCCCCUCUAAAUCCCACUACUGGGCCACCACUACUUGGACGUAGCCCUUUAGCCUUUCUAGGAUCAGGCCUUUUCAAGUGUUCUUAUAAAUGACUUUUGACACCACCAUGGCUGAAGUGUUUAGAGACACACAGUAUUCUGAAGCAAAUAAACCACCAAAUUUAAAAAAAUCUUUUUAAAUUGUGGAAAACUAUUCUGUUA